GAGAUUCUAAUAGUUUUAAAAACAAUGUUUUAAUUACUUGUUUAAAUAUCUCACUUGUUUAAUUGUUGUAAUCUUUUUGUAUUUGGUUUCUUGUGUAAUAUAAACUAUGUUUGCAGUUCUACGCAAUCUAGUAAAUUAUUUUCAGCUUUCUGUUUCAAUCUUAUAAAGCUGCGAAGUUUAUGGUGAACGAUCAUAUAAUUUAUAAUUAAACUAACGUUUUUAUCGUAAUUUAAAAAAUAAAAUAAAAAGCAUAACAUUGCAUUCAGAAAUAAAAUUGAGGAUGGCUCACAAUGAAGAAGACAGCAUUGAAAUGGAUCAACAAAAUGAUGAUGAUGCAGAGACUGAAGACACAGACAAGAUUCUCAUUAUAGAUCCUGAUAGUGAAGAAUUAGACUUCAAUCAUUCAAGACUUACAAAAUUAGAAAAUUUGGAACCAUUAACCAAAGUACGAAAAUUAUGCUUUACUUGGAAUUUAAUUAAGAAAAUAGAAAAUCUCGAUACUCUCUCUACUUUGAUUGAAUUACAACUUAGAGAUAAUCAAAUUACUAUAAUAGAAAAUCUCGAUGCCCUUGUGAAUCUUGAGAUUUUAGAUCUUUCUUUUAAUCGUAUCAAAAAAAUUGAAGGAUUAAAUAAUUUAUUAAAUUUACGUAGUUUAUAUUUAUCGUCCAAUAAAAUUGUAUAUAUUGAAAAUCUUUUACAUUUAAAAAAUCUUGAGACCUUGGAAUUAGGUGACAAUAAAAUACGAGAAAUAGUUCAUUUAGACGAUUUGACAAAUUUAACGAAUUUGUAUCUCGGGAAAAAUAAAAUUACUAAAAUACAAAAUCUAGAAAGCUUGCAAAAUCUCCAAUUGCUUAGUUUACAAAGUAAUCGUAUAACAAAAAUUGAAAAUUUAGAAGAAUUAACAAAAUUGGAUGAAUUGUAUUUAUCUGAAAAUGGAAUUACAUGUAUAGAAGGUUUAGAAAAUUGUUCAAAGUUGACAACUUUGGACUUGGGUAAUAAUAAAAUUAAAAAAAUUGAAAAUAUUCAACAUCUUCAAGAUUUGGAAGAUUUCUGGAUGAAUAAUAAUGAGAUUGAAGACUGGAUAACCGUGGAGAGCUUAGUAGUUAACAAAAGUGUAAAAACUGUUUAUUUGGAGAAAAAUCCUGUUUCAAAAGAUCCAAAUUACAGACGAAAAAUCAAAUUAUUAUUACCUUGGCUCGUACAAUUAGAUGCAACACUUUGUAGAUAAAAAGUGUAAAUGUCAAGCGUUAUAAAAGAAAAAUAACCAAAAAGGAUAAAUGGCAUUAAUGUCAAAAAUUAUCUGUUUACAAUCUUGCACUUCUUGUUUUAAUAUUUUGAUAAUUAAUCACCAAUAAAAAAAAAUAUAAUAAAUGUGAUAUUAUUAAAUAAUAUAGUAAUAUUCAUAUCAGUAAAUUAAGCUGUAUAUCAAAUCUUGCUACCAGUAAUUAUUUUUUUUAAUUAAUAUAUACCGUAAGCUUCCAUAUAUUUUUAUGAGUAGUCUCAUUAAAUGAUUUCAUAAAUAUAUCUAAUGAGUAAAGAUAUGUAAACACUUGAA